CUUGCAGUUGCCGCAAGUCAAAUUCCAAAUCGCAUCAUGGAGGUCACGAAGCUCUUUGCUGUCAAGGACCAAACAGUGCUUAUCACGGGCGGAUCGCGCGGCAUUGGCAAGAUGAUCGCCGAGGCCUUUGUGCGCAACCACGCCAAGGUGUACAUCUCGUCGCGCGACGCCAAGGUCUGCGAUCAGACCGCCGCCGAGCUCACGGCCGUCGGUCCUGGCCAGUGCAUUGCGAUUCCUGCGGACCUCGGCACGGAUGCCGGUAUCGAGCACGUCGUGUCGUCGCUCCAAGCCAAAGAGACCAAGCUGGACGUCCUCAUCAACAACUCGGGGGCGAGCUGGGGCGGCGGCUUCGACUUGCACACGGAGAAGGCGUGGCACAAGAUCAUGGACUUGAACGUCAAGGCGCCCUUCUUCCUCAUUAAGAAGUUGUUGCCAAUGAUGGAGGCCAACAGCCGCAUCAUCAACAUUGGCUCGAUCGCUGGCGUGCUGCCGCAGCCCGACAUUGGCACGUUUGCGUACGACACGAGCAAGGCCGCGAUCCACCACCUCACACGCGUCUUGGCGCUCGAACUCGCCCCGCGCGGGAUCACUGUGAAUGCAAUUGCGCCGGGGUUCGUGCCCACCAAGAUGUCCAAGCAAAUCUCGACGGCCACGGGCCUUGGCAUGGACGAGCUCGCGCAAGGCGUGCCGCUCAAGCGUGCGGGCAGCGACCUCGAUAUGGCGGGCGCCGCCAUCUAUUAUGCGUCGCCGGCGGGUGCGUGGGUGACGGGGACCGUGCUCACUGUCGAUGGCGGCCAGAUCGGUGCCGCGUCCACGGGCAACAGCAAGCUCUAGGACCACUAAACGCCGGUGUGCUGUCUGCAGCGUAGGUGCAGGCGCAUGAGUAGGCCGCAGCUUCAUGUAAAAUGAAAUUUGGUGUUGUGCCAUUUGAUGCGAUGACCA